AUGAAUUAAAUUCAAUAAGAGCUUAAUGCAAUUCCAACUAAAAUAUUUAAGAAUGCAUAAUGGAUUUCAAAAUCUUUGAGUGUAAACAAACGAAAAAGUCCAAAUUAUCCAUGUAAAAGAUGGGGACAUACAGCAGUAUUGCAUGAUAAAUAUAUGUAUGUAUUCAGUGGUUGUGGGAAAUCUGAUAAUCCCAGAUAGUGGGAAUAAAUAUAUAGGAUGGAUUGUAUAACAUUUUAGUGGGAAAGAUUGAAUUCACCAUCAUAAAAACACCCUACAGGUAGAGAUUCUCAUUGUUGUGUAUGUUUAUAAAAUAAACUAUAUUUUUUUGGUGGAUCAAGCAAUGAAUUAAUUUUGGAUGAUUUUUGGAGCUUUGACAUUGAAAGUUCUGAAUGGAGUGAAAUAGAGGUACCAAAAGAUAUGGAAGGGAGAGAAGGACAUUCUAUGGUAGCAUUGUCAUAAAGAUUAAUAUAUAUCUAUGGAGGAUGGGAUUAAGUAUAAAACAUAAUGACAGAAUCACAUUGGUUAUAUGAUAUAAAAACAAAUAAAUUUUAAUAAGUGACUCAUUUCACUGGAGAUGAGAUGAUAAAAUUGGAAAGUCAUACAGCAAAUAAGAUAGGGGAUAGUGUUUAUAUUUUUGGAGGGUAAGGACAAUAAUCGAAUAAACAAUUAGUAUUUCAUAAAGAUUUAUACAAAUUAGAUUUUGAAAAUAUAAAUGAAUUACAUGCUAAAUUUGAUUAAUUGUUGUAAUAAGGAGAAGAUAAAGGGGAGAAUAUAGAAAAUGAUACAGUAAUAAGGAUUGAAAAAAUAAAGGCAAAUGGAUCUUAAUAGCCUACUCCAAGAGCAUCACAUUCUGCAGUUGCUUAUGGAGAUAGAUUCUUAUUUAUAAUAGGGGGAGAAGGGUAUAAAAUAUAUAAAUAUUAUUAUUAUAGAUAUUAAUAUGAUCAAUAGAAAGAUAAUGAAGAAGUAGUGAUUGAAUAAGAUUAAGAUGAUAACUAAAAUAUUGAUGAAGAAGAAAAACCGAUAUUUCCAAAAAAUGAUAUAUGGAUAUUCGAAACAGUUAUGAGAGUAAGUAAAUUGAAUAAAUAUUUAGACAUGGAGUAAAUUAUAGCCAAAAUCAAAGAAUCCAAUAUUUUAACCUAGAUUUUCACAUAGUUGUAUUGUUUAUAAGGAUUAAUUUAUAAUUUUUGGAGGAUUGAGAAGUAUGGGGGAAGUCUUAGAAGAUAUUAUGGUAUUACAUCUUAAAGAUAGUGAAAAUAAUAUAUUAAAAUAUGCAAGAGAUGAAAUGAAAAAUGUAUGCAAAUAUUGUUAAUUGAUCUAUGGUAUUCAAUAAGAGGAAGAAAUAUCGUAUCAUAAAACUAAUGAAAAUAAUGCAAUCAAAUUACCCAAAUUAUCAUUAACAUUUGUUGACGAGUACUAUACUUUUUUAAAUAUAAUAGAAUUUCUAAACUAAUUCAAUGUCCUAUGUCUUGUUUUGGAUUAUUCUUAGACAAUGUCAAAUUAUCUGAAGCUUCUGAAAUCAAUUUUGAAUAUGUAUUCUUAUAAAGAAAAAAGAAAUACCAAAAUACUGUUGAUGAAAUUAGAGAUAAAAUACCUGUUUUGAUUCUUUUUGAGAAAGAUCCUAAAGAAUUAGAAGAUUUGAAUGAUUUUCUCUUUAAUUUUGACAUAUCCAAAAGAAAAUGGACAACUGAAAAUUAGAACAUAGAUUUAAAAAAUGAAAGUGAGUAAAAUUAAGUUUUGGAAGAGUAGUAAUUACUUAAUAGGAAAUAAUAUGCUAUGAAUUUUAAAAUUGCGUCUUUGAGAUUAGGUGAUAGUGUGUUAAUCUGUCAUAAAUCAUUUAAUAAUUAUUACGUUGGAUUGAUAUCCAUGAACAAUCAGUUGAAUCCUAAUGAUGAAACCUUGACGUUCUACAAUUAUACUAUUACAAUAUCUAAUGGUACUGAAAGAAAGCUUGACUCUCCUGAAAGUAAAUACGUAUUACUUAAUGCAAUUACUCAUUUAAUCAAUGAAGAAGACUUUAUUUUAAAUUGUAAUUAUAAUUACACUAAAAUAUUUAUCUUUGAUUUGGUUCGGAUACAUACUUAAUUAAAGAUAUUUGAACUCAGUUUAUUUAAUGAUGAUAUAAUCUCAAAUCAAUCUUUAGCAUAUGGCUUAAAAAAAGAUGAUGCAAUUAAAUAUCCAGAUUUUUCCUUAAAGGAAUAUCUCAAAUAUUAUUCACUUGAGUCUUUACCAUUUAAAGUAUCUGUUCAGAAUCAAUACAUAAAUAUGAAUAAUAAUGUUUUAAGUAGAAUAGAAAAUAAAAAUAAAGUUUCUGUAAGUAAUGAGAAAAUCGUUAAUUAAUUGAGUGAAUGGACAGAAUCUUAUGAAUUAAGUAUACUUACAUAAAAUAAUUUUGGGAUUCUCCUCUAUUAUUAAGGUAGAUUGAUUAAUAGAUAUAGAAAAUAAUUGGGAGUGUAUCCAGGAAAUCUAGAUUAAAGUGGAUAUAUAAAUAUUUAAAAAAUAAUUAAACCAAAUAUGACAUUUGAGGUAAAUAAUUUGAAUAAAUCUUAGGGAUUUAAAAAUUCAUACUUAAGGUGUAUUUUACUAUAAACUUUAGAAGAAUUAGAGGAAGAGUGUGAACCAGAAAGAAGAAAGGAAAUAAAAAUCUGAUGUUAUUGUCUAUAUAUCAUAAUAAUAAUUAAUCGUAAUCUUUUGGAGAAGUUUUGGAAAGUAAACAGAAAUGCA